AAGUAAUACAAGGUAUGUUGCACCUGUUGGUGAAACUGGUGAACUGACAGAAGUUUCAACUUCACGGCUACACAACCUCUGAAUAUUUUGUUCCUAAUUUUUGUUUUGCUUCAUACUUACGAUUUUCCACAAAUGAGGUGAACAACACAUGUCCAGAGGAUGCUCAACCUGCACGCACAGAUGUUAUCCAAAAGACAGUGUACAUUUCUCAUAGGAGGGAAAUUAAGGAGAGAGGUGGUGCAGAUGGUGAGGCAUGUGAAUAAUGUGGGCACUGACAUUCUUGUGGAGGAGCCGGUCAAACCCUUCACAGCCAUACCAGGCCCUCCAUGGAUUCCUGUCCUGGGAACCUUACUGCCAUACAAAAUUGGAAUGAAAAAGUUGACUGGAUACCACCAUGAAGUCUGUAGGCUGCACCAGAAAUAUGGGCCUGUUGUGAGGGAGGUGUUUGGUUCACAGACAGUUGUCCACAUAUUUGACCCAGAUGACAUCAAGGCUGUGUAUGAUAAUGAUGGCAAGAUGCCCUAUGUACCACCCUUACAGGAAACUGCUCAGUUUUAUCGGAAAAAGAACAACAUGUCUCCUGGCUUAGGAAAUAUAAAUGGUGAGGAGUGGUACCGGCUGCGACAUGCAGUGCAGCAGAUGAUGCUGCGCCCACGAGAGGCAAGUUACUACUACCCCAUCCAGGAUGAGGUGGCAUGCAGGGCAGUAGACAGGCUUGAAGCAGAAUUAGAUGACCAAGGCUUUGUUCGCAAUCUCGACUUCCUCAUUCCAAAAUGGAUUAUGGAAUCUGCAGGAAUGUGUUGUUUUGAAAAGUCUCUUGGAUGCCUGAAUGGAGGUGUAGAUGAAGAUUUGUCUCAGAAAUUAGUGGAAACAAACCUCAAGAUUUUCCAGUUAUCUGCGGAGAUGAAGUUUUCAUUGCGCUUGUAUCGGUACUUUAAAUCUCCAAAGUACAAAACCUUGAGCAGUCUUGAAGAUUACCUCUAUGGAACAUCCUUCAAGUUAAUCAGUGAUGCAGUAGAAGAACUCAAAGCACUAGUAGCUCAGAAGACAUUACAGGAAGGACAGUAUAAUUUCCUUACUUAUCUUAUGUCACGUAAGGAACUGUCUGAUAAAGAUAUUAUGGUCAUCACUUUCUCACUUUUCACUGAUGGCCUCUCCACAACUGCACCAACAUUUCUCGGAAACUUGCACUGUUUGGCACUUAAUCAAGAUGUGCAGGAGACACUGUACCAAGAGAUUAAGACUCUCAUUGACCCAGAUGCUCCUAUAACUCUUGGUAUCAUUAACAAGAUGCGUUAUCUGAAGGCUGUCGUUAGAGAAGUGUUCAGGUUUUAUCCUAUUGGGGAGGCAGUGCAGCGCCUUUCACAGAAAGACAUGGUUCUUGGAGGCUAUCAUAUACCAGCUUGGACAUAUCUAGAAUUGAAUCCUUAUGUGUGGUUGCAAAGUAAGGAGCAUUUCGUGGAGCCAGAAAAGUUGAUGCCUGAACGUUGGCUUCGGAACACAUCUGGUACCUCCACAGUCAACCCUUACGUUCUCAAUCCCUUCAGCCUGGGCAUUCGCAUGUGUGCAGGUCGAAGGUUUGCAGAACAAGAUAUAUAUGUUGGUCUGUGUCGCUUGCUGCUGAAGUUCCGUCUGCAAGCCACCAGUAAUGAUCGUCCUGAACAGAAGUGGUCAGUACUACUGACGCCAAAGACUCCGCUACCAGUGAAAUUUAUCAAGAGAGAAUGAAAGGUAGUAACUAGAAAACUUGUAAGGAUAACAAAGAAGAAUGAAGGUAUGUGACUUUGGGAUGUGGGUGAAAGUGUGUACUAGUCCCUUACUCUUUCAAUUAUUGGUUUCAAGGCCAUUUACUAUUUCCAUUUACUGCACAAAUCAUUAAUUGUAAUUUAAUUGAAAUGUAUUUUACUUACAGUAUAAGGACCUGUUUCUUGCACAUGGUGGGCAUUAAAAGAAAUAAAGACUAAUUUUUGUGAAAUUUUAAAAAUUUGUGGAGUGGACUUUUACUAGCUAUGCAUUUAGCAAUAGUAUCUUUAGUCUUAUUUUUGUUUAGAUUGAAAUAUUUUCAAUUUUUAUUAUAAUAACAGUGUAUGUUCAGUUUCCCUUUGACUAAAAAGUUUGAUAAAAUUUCCUGAAAAUCAUAAUUGUGAUGCCCCAUCCUAUAAUGAGAGAUGUGAUACAGACAUUUGAAUGUCCCGCACCCCACUCAGCCAUGCCCAUACUUACUUGACUUCAACAUUAAGCUUAAGUGAGGCAAGCGAUCUUACUUGGCAUGUGCCUUUUAACUGUCGAAAGCCCAUUGGCUGGAAGGUGUUGGUUCACCAUAAUACUACAUGCUAAUUGGUUGUGUCACCUCUCUUGGGUGUUUACCUCUCUUAAAAGUAAAAUAGAAGGAUGGGAGGUUAGGAUAGUGCCAUUUUAUUUCACUAUAACAAAUGCUGUGAGAAACAGUGAGAUAAAACAGGAAAUUUAAAGGAUAACAGAAGAAGCCUUCAUAAACAUCGAUAGUGAUAGUAACAGGAGAUUUCAGUGGACAUGUAGGAGUCACGGGGAAACAAAGUGAACAGGAAGAAAUGGACAGGUAAAACUGAAGUGGAUGGAGAAAUAUGGACUAAUAAUGCUAAAUGAUGACAAGAAAUGUAGAGGAGUAGCUAUAUAUGGAGUCGAGAUGGGCACAGUAGAAUUAAUUAUGUAUUAGUGAAUGACAAUAUAUAUUAAGGGUUUCUUGUAAUAAGGAUACAUAAAGAUAGGGAAAUUUAUGAUCCAUCAGACCAUAAUUUGCUAAACAGUUUUAUUUUUCCACAAAACAUCCUCGUAAAAUAGGGGUGUGUCUUAUGCAUAGGUGCUUCUAAUACACUGGCAUAUAUAGCAGAUAAAGUUUUGAAGAGUGUAUACAGAAGAGUGCAGAAAGAUGGAGAGGAACAUGCAUGGAUGAGUGAAGAAAUAAGAAAGGAAAUAGAGAGAGAGAGAGAGAGAGAGAGAGAGAGAGAGAGAGAGAGAGAGAGAGAGAGAGAGAGAGAGAGAGAGAGAGAGAGA